AUGGAUUUCCAGAACCGUGCCGGCGGUAAGACCGGUGGCGGAGGCGUCGCCUCCUGGUCGGAGAGUAAUCGGGAUCGGCGCGAGCGACUCCGCCAGCUGGCCCUGGAAACGAUCGAUCUGAACAAGGAUCCGUACUUCAUGAAGAACCACCUCGGAUCGUACGAAUGUAAGCUCUGCCUAACGUUGCACAACAACGAGGGCAGCUAUCUGUCGCACACGCAAGGCAAGAAGCAUCAGGCCAACUUGGCGCGGCGUGCGGCCAAAGAAGCGAAGGAAGCCCCGUGGGUCAUCCAGCCGGAGAAACCGAGGAUCGAGCCGAAAAAGUUCGUCAAAAUCGGACGACCCGGUUACCGGGUGACGAAGCAGCGCGAACCGGACAACGGCCAACAGUCGCUGCUGUUCCAGAUCGAUUACCCCGAGAUUACCGACGGCAUUGUGCCGCGGCACCGAUUCAUGUCGGCGUACGAGCAAAAGAUCGAACCGCCAGACCGCAAGUGGCAGUACCUGUUGUUUGCCGCCGAGCCGUACGAAACGAUCGCGUUCAAGGUGCCGUCCCGGGAGGUGGAAAAGACGGAGGGCAAGUUCUGGACGCACUGGAACAAAAACACGAAGCAGUUCUUCCUGCAGUUUUCCUUCAAGCUGGAGCCAAAAAUUAUCCCUCCACCGCCACCGAACAUGCACCGGAUGCCGCACCCUGGGCGGCCCAUGUUCAAUCCGGUUCCGCCGCCUCCGAUGGGCGUCGUACCGGUGCCGGCACCACCGCACAUGUAAGCGGAACUUUCGAUAACCCUUAACUCUCAUAAGCGAAGUUUGAUUUGUGUGAAUAAACUCUUCUCUCGACC